GUAGCGGCCAGUCGGACACCUGAGCUGCCGCUGCUGGUCACAAGCCCGCAGGACAGGUGUGUAGACCGCGAGACACCUUCCUGCGGCUUCUUCCCUGGGACCAGAGAGUCACUAUGCAUUUCCAGGGUGUUGGACUAUGCUUGGGUCUCCUGUUCAUCACGGUCAACGCGGAUUUUAUGGAUGAUGAUGUUGAGGUGGAAGACUUCAGUGAAAAUUCAGACGAGAGUAAUAUUAAAGAUGACUCUUUCUCAGGGACUAUUAAGUAUAAGACACCUCAACCUAUAGGAGAAGUAUAUUUUACAGAAACAUUUGAUAGUGGAAACCUGGCUGGGUGGGUCUUAUCAAAAGCAAAGAAGGAUGAUAUGGAUUCAGAAAUUUCUAUAUAUGAUGGAAGAUGGGAAAUCGAAGAGCUAAAGGAAAACCAGGUGCCUGGUGACAGAGGGCUGGUUCUGAAGUCUAAAGCCAAGCACCACGCAAUAUCUGCUGUCCUCGCAAAACCCUUUAUUUUUGCCGACAAACCUUUGAUAGUUCAAUAUGAAGUAAAUUUUCAAGAUGGUAUUGAUUGUGGAGGUGCAUACAUUAAACUGCUAGCAGACACUGGUGAUUUGAUUCUGGAAAACUUUUAUGAUAAAACAUCCUAUACCAUCAUGUUUGGACCAGAUAAAUGUGGAGAAGACUAUAAACUUCACUUAAUCUUCAGACACAAACAUCCCAAAACUGGAGUUUUUGAAGAAAAGCAUGCCAAACCUCCAGAUGUCGAUCUGAAAGAGUUCUUUACAGACAGGAAGACUCACCUCUAUACCCUUGUGAUGAACCCGGACGAUACGUUCGAAAUAUUAAUCGAUCAGAAAGUUGUAAACCAAGGGACCUUGCUGGAUGAUGUGGUCCCGCCUAUCAACCCACCCAGAGAAAUCGAUGACCCCAGUGAUAAAAAGCCAGAGGAGUGGGAUGACAGAGCCAAGAUCCCCGAUCCCACUGCAGUCAAGCCAGACGACUGGGAUGAAAAUGAACCUGCCCAAAUAGAAGACUCAAGUGCUGUUAAACCAGAUGGCUGGCUUGAUGAUGAACCAAAGUUUAUCCCCAAUCCUAAAGCUGAGAAACCUGAGGAUUGGAGUGAAGACAUGGACGGAGAGUGGGAGGCGCCACACAUUCCGAAUCCAGCCUGUCAGAUCGGAUGUGGAGAAUGGAAACCUCCCAUGAUAGAUAACCCAAAAUACAAAGGAAUCUGGAAACCACCCAUGAUCAAUAAUCCUAACUACCAGGGAAUCUGGAGUCCCCAGAAAAUCCCUAACCCGGAUUAUUUUGAAGAUGACCACCCGUUCCUUCUGACUUCUUUCAGUGCUCUGGGCUUAGAGCUUUGGUCCAUGACUCCCGACAUAUACUUUGAUAAUUUUAUCAUCUGUUCAGAAAAGGAGGUGGCAGAUCAGUGGGCGACAGAUGGCUGGGAGCUGAAGAUAGCGGUGGCAAAUGCUAAUGAGCCUGGUGUCUUCAGACAGCUAACGACAGCUGCAGAGGAGCGACCCUGGCUCUGGAUCAUGUACCUGGUGAUGGUCGGGUUACCCAUUGCAUUAGUUACUUCAUUUUGUUGGCCAAGAAAAGUGAAGAAAAAAUAUGAAGACAAGGGGCCUGAAAAAACUGACUUAUGCAAGCUGCAAAGCAAGGCCAUCCUGGAGCAAGAGGCAGAGGAGGAGAAGGCCCCGGAGAAGCCAGAAGAUUUGCAAGAGGAGAAGAAGCCAAGUGAAGCUGAAGUCAUCAUCGUGGAAAAGGAAGAAGUAAUUGGUGAACCAGAAGAGAAGAGUGAGGAAGAUGGAGAAACCAUAGAAGGGCAAGAGGAAGUGAGCAAGAUGAGUAAAUCUGGAUCAGAGGAUGAGAUGAAGGACGCUGAUGAAAGCACAGGGUCCGGAGACGCACCAGUGAAGUCAUUACGCAAGAGGAGGGUACGCAAGGACUGA